AUGUCAAAUCCAAUCUCAACCUCUACUCCAACAGAGGUAACCUUACCCUUACCCUUACCUUCAACUUCAAACCCAAACCACCCAUCCGAUACUUUAUCCAAAAAUCCAGAUAUUCAAGAAAAUGGACUACAUAAAUUAGUCAAUUUACAAACCGCAAAAGAUAUUUGGACUUUUCUUCUCGUUUUCCGAGUCUUCAAUUCAUUUCUGGUCAAAACAUUCUUUCAACCAGAUGAAUAUUUUCAAUCAUUAGAACCAGCAUGGCAAAUGGCUUUUGGGUCGGAUAGUGGUGCUUGGCUCACGUGGGAAUGGCAUUAUCAACUACGAUCUUCACUUCACCCAGCUCUUUUUGCAGCUGCAUAUUAUCUAGUAGAUAAACCCAUGGCUCUAUUGAAUUUCUUCCCUCAAUUUCGAGCAGAGAUAUUAGCUGUGUUACCAAAUAUUAUCCAAGCUAUUUUUGCUGCAGCUUGUGAUUAUUAUACUUGGAAAAUGGCUGAGAAGAUGUAUGGAUUGGGUAGUAGAACAGGUUAUGUUACCUUACUCAUGAGUGUAUUAAGUCCUUGGAAUUGGUUUUGUUCUACGAGGACUUUCUCAAAUUCUUUGGAAACGAGUUUGACAAUUACUGCGUUGUAUUAUUGGCCUUGGGAUAUGGCAAUUGAUUCGGGAGAGGGAAUCAAGGAGCAAUCGAAAGGGGGAUCAUCCAUAACUGCACCUGAAGGUGUUUUUAGGACCGGGAAAUCCGUGAAUCACCUUCGAUAUGCCCUCCUUCUUGCAGGUAUCGCUUGCAUUCUUCGACCCACGAAUCUUUUAAUAUGGUUCUGUGUCAUAAUGCCAACAAUCAUUUCCCUAAUACCCGGAGUAAACUCCCAAGAAACCUCCAAAUCACCUAUCUCACGAGACUAUAUUGUUUUCAUCAGAGAAGCUGUACUCUGCGGUUCUUUCAUCCUCCUCAUCUCAGCUUUCUCUGAUCGACUCUAUUUUGGAGAAUGGACAUUUCCGCCUUAUCAAUGGCUCCAUUUCAACAUCUCCCAAAAUCUCGCUGUAAUUUACGGUCAAAAUGAUUGGCACUAUUUCCUUUCACAAGGUUUACCACUUCUAUUAUUCACUUAUCUUCCAUUUACUAUUCUCUCGAUCUUCAAAACUUACACACCAAGUACGAUAACAAAGCAGACUUUUACCAGCAAUAUUCAAAUAAUCCUAACUCAUUUAACUGCCGUGAUGAUCUUCAUCCUAAGCACCAUCUCACACAAAGAAGUUCGAUUCAUAUAUCCACUUCUUCCUAUUCUUCUCAUCCUGACCGCUCCUUCAAUAACCUCAUUCUUCACCUCCGAAAUCCAAACUCCACCCUCCGCCUCCUCCUCUACCUCCGCCACCUCCGCAUCAUCAAACCUCGAACCAAAAACAACCCGCAAACCCCUCCUGAUCCUCCUAAUUCUUCUCAACAUCGCCCUAGCAGCCUACACAACCCUCAUUCAUCAAUCAGCCGUCAUAUCCGUAACAACCUUCAUUCGACACCGCUACGAAAGCGAAAUGCUCGAUGCGCAAGGAAUCCCGCUCUAUUCCCCAGAAGCCUACUCAUAUUUAAAACAUUACCCCGCCAAUGAAAAUCCUCCCCCAUCUCUAACCAUAGACUACGAUAUCAAGAAAGAAGAAAACUCUCAAUAUGCCGCUCGUGCAAUGGGUACAUCCCAAAAUCCCAAUUGGGAAAAAGAUAUGGAACAACCCUUUGUAGGAUUCUUAAUGCCGUGUCAUAGUACGGGCUGGAGAAGUAGAUUGGUGUAUAAAGGGUUGGGAGCAUGGGCUUUGGGUUGUGAACCACCUGUUCAUUUGUCUGAGGAUGAAAGAGGGGCGUAUAGAGAUGAAGCUGAUAGGUUUUAUGAUGAUCCAAGGAGGUUUUUAAGUGAGGAAAUGAUUGUUUUUGAGGAGUGGGAUGAUGAAGGGAAAGAGGGGGGUGGGAAUGGUGGUGAGGAGGGUAGAGAUAACAAAAGCAAAAAACAAUGGCCGCGCUACUUAGUAGGUUUCGAGGGUAUCGAAACAGAUAUCCGAGAAUUCUACGAGGGGGGGUUGGCUGAGGAGGGUAUAGGAGCAGGAAGAGGUAAGAAAAUGAAGGAGAUUUGGAGGGAGAGAAAUACUCAGUGGAUAGACGAUUGGAGAAGGAGUGGGGAUGUGGUGGUUUGGGAGUUUAUUUAG